AUGGCUGGAACAGCGCGGGUACCAUCUCUGAAUUCCGUCACUAGCUGUCAACCACAAAUAAAGGUUACAGGAUACGGCGUGCCUAAGUCAGACAUUUGUCGAUCUGCACGUCCAGCUCCUCGUCGUGCACCUGCACCUGCACCAGUUCGCCAGGCUCCUGCUCCAGCUCCUGCUCAGAGUGGAAGCGGUGGGGGUAUUGGAUCAGUCAUUGCUGAAGGAAUGGCUUUCGGCGCUGUGGAUUCUUUGUUUGGGCCUCGUACUAUCAAGCAUGAAACUGUAGUCUCUGCUGCUCCAGCACCUACUGCUAGCAGUAUGGGUGGUUCUGAUGCUUGCAGUGUUCACUCCAAGGCAUUCCAAGAUUGUAUCAGCAACUUUGGAAGUGAUAUCAGCAAGUGCCAGUUCUACAUGGAUAUGUUGUCUGACUGCAAGAAGAACAACUCUGACAUGCUCAGUGCCUAA